AGCACGUGACCGCGAAAGUUCCCGGCUGUUCCUCCUCUUCCAUGCACAAAGUAUGGUCCUAGUCACAAACAAGGAACUUCCCUUUUUUCCAGGCAUGCGUGGUAUUUUUCAUGAAGUUAGCUAUUUACAUUUCAAAUGUAAUUGGCUACAUUAUUUCACAAUUCUGGCAUCAUAACCAAUCAGUGCAGCUAUACAGUUUUGACAGGCGGUCGUCAGUCCUCAAUUUUUAGGGCCUUUCGCUGUGUAAGUUAUGUAAACGGGGCUUGUUAUAAGAAAGCGAAAAUUUUGUGUUUUUCUUAUAUAAAUAGUAUAUUCUGAAACGGAUUUGUAUCUAAGAAUUCAUAAAACUAACCCAGAGCCAUGCGGCGUAGUAAGGCCGAGGUGGAUCGCUACAUAGCAUCGGUGCAAAGUUGUUCUCCUUCCACUAAAGAGAAACCUUUAAAAGGAUUCUUUUUUGCAAAAUUGUACUUUGAAGCAAAAGAAUAUGAACUUGCAAAAAGACACAUUUCAGCCUACCUAACUGUGCAGGAAAGGGAUCCCAAAGCACAUAAAUUUCUAGGCCAGCUCUAUGAAAAAGAGGAAAGCACUGAGAAGGCAGUUGGAUGUUACAAGCGUUCUGUGGAGCUGAACCCAGCACAGAAAGACCUGGUCCUGAAGAUUGCUGAGUUACUGUGCAACAAGGAAGAAAGAGACGGGCGAGCCGAGUACUGGGUGGAGAGGGCAGCCAAGCUCUUUCCUGGAAGCCCAGCAGUCUAUAACCUGAAGGAGAAGCUGUUGAGUGUAAAGGGGCAGCAGGGCUGGAAUGAGCUUUUUGACUUGCUUCAGUCAGAGCUGCAUGCUCGGCCUGGCGAUGUGCAUGUGAACAUAAAGCUAGUGAACCUGUAUUGCCACGACAAGCGACUCGAUGAGGCUGUGAGGCACUGUCUCAAUGCAGAGAAGAAAGGGGCCAUGCGCCACAGCCUAGACUGGUAUACCUGUGUUGUACAGACGCUAAAGGAGUACUUUGGCUCUACCGGUAUAUCUGAGUGUGAUAAAACUAUAUGGAGGACAAUGCAGAAAGAACUGCUGCUUGCUCACAGUAAUCUGGUUCGCCUGACACUGUCUGCUAAGGAUGUUCAUCAUGGCAGAGUGGCCCUGCAAAGCUUUGAUCAUGCUAUGCAGUCUGUGAAGAAUUUAGUGACAGGCACAACAGAUGACUUGUCUGUCGCUUUCAUUGAAAUGAGAGGGCAUCUCUACUUGCAUGCUGGUUCUUUGCUGCUGAAGAUGGCCGAACAAAGUGAGCUUCAGUGGAGAGCUGUCACAGACCUUGCUUCAUUGUGUUACCUCAUAGCCUAUCAGGUGCCACGACCAAAGAUGAAGUCUAUAAAAAGAGAUGAGACGUCUCAAGAGUUGAUGGACUUUUUAGCAUGUGAUCGACAAAGCCACUCGGGCCAUAUGCUUUAUAAUUUAAGCCAUGACAAAGAAGAUUUCUUUAAAGAGGUAGUAGAAGCAUUUGCCAACAGCAGUGGGCAGGACUCUCUGUUUGAGACUUUGUUUGGGAGCCAGGCUGUUGCUGAGCCUUCCUUCAUUGGAAAUGACAACAUCAGGAAUGUUGCAGUGCAGCCCCCUGAUCUGGGAGAACUUGCCAGGUGUGAUAAUGGUUCUAUUCCUUUACAUAGUGGAAAUCUGCAGCACCUGACAUGGCUUGGCUUGCAGUGGGCCUUAAUGGACCGGAAGCCCUCCCUCCGAGACUGGUUAAAACAGCUUUUCCCUCGACUGCCUCAAGAAACAUCAAAGCUUGAAACCAAUGCCCCAGAAUCCAUCUGUCUCCUAGAUCUUGAGGUGUUCCUGUGUGGUGUGGUGUUUACAAGCCUUGCACAGUUUCAAGAGAAAUCCAAAAUCGGCUACAAUGAGCAAUCGUUCGAGCCUAGAUGUUUACCGCUCCCCGUUGUCAAACUGCUUUGCACUGACAGACAGCGAAAUUGGUGGGAUGCUGUGUAUAACCUCAUUCACAAAAAAGCACUUCCUGGGACUUCUGCCAAGCUUAGGCUUUUAGUUCAGCAAGAAAUGAGCACUUUGAGAGCUGGGGAGAAGCAUGGGCUGCAGCCUGCCUUAACUAUAAGAUGGGCACAACAUCUUCAAGAAACUGGGAGUGGCCUGAACUCGUUUUAUGAUCAGAAGGACUAUAUUGGUAGGAGUGUUCACUAUUGGAAGAUGUCCCUGCCCAUGUUGGAGAGUAUAAAGAAGAGAAGAAGUAUUCCUGAACCUAUUGACCCCUUGUUCAUGCACUUUCACAGUAAAGAUAUUCAGAUUGCUGAAGUUAACAAUUACGAAGAGGAUGCACAGAUUGCUUUUGCUACACUAUGUGAAGUUGAAGGCAACACAGAUGAUGCAAUAGCAGCCUUUGAGACCAUAAAUACUGUUGUAUCUUUCUGGCAUCUUGCACGGAUAUUUCAAAGGAGAGCUGAAGAAAUUGGAGACUCUAUAAUAGAAGGUCAAGAGAUGAAUAAAAUGUCUUUACGGAAGUCCAGAAAGUAUUUGUCAAAAAUCUUGGACAGCUUCAAUGCUAAUGCUGCAGAAAUUGAAAAACUUCCUGUAUCAAUAGAUGAGCUUGGUGAGUUGAUGGAUGAUGUGAAUCAGCAGCUUGGGGAGAGCGGUGAAGUUAUGGAUGUGGAGGAAGAGGAGGAGGUUAACGGCACCAACACUAGUCCAUGCCACAUUGCAGACCCCAUUAGCAGGACACAAGUAACGUUUUCUACUCCAGCGCCAACAAAAAAUAUCACUUCUCCAUCAAAGAGUCAUAAGUUCUCCCCCAAGACACCACCUCACUGGGCAGAGGACCAGAAGUCCUUGCUGCAGAUGCUGUGUCAGCAGGUGGAAGCCCUCAAGAAUGAAGUCCACGACUUGAAGGCCAACACUUCUGGCUCUGUUGCAUCUCCACAUCACCGAUUGUACGGGGAUAGCUUCAUAGCUGAUGCUCUUCCAGACAGCUUCCCAGCAGCACAAAGUUUCCAUGGUACUCCACUAACAGUCUCUACAACAGGCCCAUCAGUAUACUACAACCAAUCCCCUGCAUACAAUUCCCAGUACCUCCUGAGAACAGCAGCCAAUGUCACUCCAACCAAGGCACCAGUGUUUGGGAUAAACCGACUCGCACCUCAGCAGCACAUGUAUGCAUAUCAACAACAGCCGACCCAUACUCCACCCCUGCAAACCUCAUCAGCUUGCAUGUACUCCCAAGAUGUUUACGGGGCUCAGCUGCGCUUCGAGUCUCCUGCAACCAGUUUAUUGUCCCCUUACAGCGAGGAGUAUUACAACCACACUGUCCCUCAGGCCAGUACAAACCCUCCUCUCCCUGAACCAGGUUACUUCACAAAACCCUCUGUGGGGAACCAGGUUUCCAAGCCAUCUGAGGGGAAGACCAUGGAAUUCGGUAAAAUAAGCUUUGGGCAACAGGUUCCGGCUGAAGCACCUAAGGUACCUGGUUUUGGAGCAACAGUAGUUACACAGUCCACACCGGCUGCCACAUUCAAAUUUAACUCUAACUUUAAAUCCAAUGAUGGUGACUUCACAUUCUCAUCCCCACAGGUCAGACAUGCCAGUGAAAGUCUUCUGGGGCUUUUGACUUCGGAUAUGCCAGCCAGAUCAGAAGGACAUCUUGCACCAAAGGCUCCUGUGCAGGAUCCAGUACCUUCUCAAGUGGGUCUCUUCAGUUUCGGCAGUAAAAUUACAUCCGGAUACUCGUUUGCUGAUCUUGCAAUGCAGAGUCAAAACAAACCCAAUCUGUUUGGUAAAGUUGAGCAACCUUUCAGUUUCACAAAUGCCAACAAGCCAGGCUUUGUAGUGGAAAGCACUCGGCAGGAAGAAAAAGGUGCAGAGAGUGAUCAUGAAAGUACUCAUGAGGAAGAAGAUGAAGAUGGGCCUCAUUUUGAGCCAAUUGUGCCACUCCCUGAAAAGGUGGAUGUCAAGACUGGAGAGGAAGACGAGGAAGAAAUGUUCUGCAACAGAGCCAAACUUUUCCGCUUUGAAACUGAGACAAAAGAAUGGAAGGAGAGAGGUAUUGGGAACAUUAAGAUACUGCGGCACAGAACAUCCGGUAAAGUCCGUCUACUAAUGAGGAGAGAGCAGGUGCUGAAAAUCUGUGCAAAUCAUUAUAUUAAGCCUGAUAUGAAAUUAAAUCCCAAUGCUGGUUCAGAUAAAUCAUGGGUAUGGUAUGCUAUAGAUUAUGCUGAUGAAAUGCCAAAACCAGAGCAGCUAGCUAUAAGAUUCAAAUCUGCAGAGGAGGCAGCACUCUUUAAAAUAAAAUUUGAAGAGGCUCAAAGAUUGGUGCCCAAAUCUCCAUUAAAACAAGAUAACAAACCAGGGAAAGAAAUAUCUAAAAAAAACACUACUUCUCGUCCUGCUGCCAGAGACUCUGGAUUUGGAGCUCAGUUUGUUAAGAAGGAAGGAGAAUGGGAUUGUAGUGUAUGUGUAGUGAGGAACUCUGCAGCUGCUAUGUUAUGUGCAGCCUGUCAAAGCCCCAAUCCCAAUGCUAAAUCACAACCUGCAGUUAAAGGAGGUUCAGAAGCUAGUAAAGGGUUCACUGUGCCAUCACCGGCUCCUGUAACAUUUAGCUUUGGGUUUGGUAAAGAAUCAACAAAGGAAAGUGGCAUCACUGGAUUUGGCACGCAGUUUGCAAAUGUUCAAGCACCCUCCACGUUCAAAUUUGGAACUGGUAGUGACUCAUGUACAGUCUCUGUUCCGGCUGUUUCAAAGUUUACAUUCAGCCUUGGCAAUGAAAAAGGCAAAUCCACCACAAAGGGAGGUUUUGGAGAACAUUUCACAAAGAAAGAGGGUGAAUGGGGCUGUGAUAUAUGCUCAGGAAGAAAUUAUGCAACUGCUGGAAAAUGCAUAUGUUGUCAAACUCCAAAACCAAGUUGCAAAAAUGCUGCAGUUGCCCCAGGUGGUUUGGGACCCUCUGCAUUUGAAAUUGGUGUUAAAGCUGAUAUCAAGAAAACUGCAGAGCAAGGGUUUGGUGCACAGUUCACCAAGAAGACAGGCCAGUGGGACUGUGAUGUGUGUUUAGUAAGAAAUGAAGCAGCUGUUACGAAGUGUGUUUCUUGCCAGACGCCAUGCAAAACUUCUCUGUCAUCUAUCCAGGCAGCGUCCACCUUUCCAUUUAAUAUCUCUAGUGAAACAAGCCAGACCCCUUCCAAAAAUGACCUUUCUGCACUUUUUGGGAAAAAAGAUGGGCAGUGGGACUGUGAUGUGUGUUUAGUAAGAAAUGAAGCAGCUGUUACGAAGUGUGUUUCUUGCCAGACUCCAUGCAAAACUUCUCUGUCAUCUAUCCAGGCAGCGUCCACCUUUCCAUUUAAUAUCUCUAGUGAAACAAGCCAGACCCCUUCCAAAAAUGACCUUUCUGCACUUUUUGGGAAAAAAGAUGGGCAGUGGGACUGUGAUGUGUGUUUAGUAAGAAAUGAAGCAGCUGUUACGAAGUGUGUUUCUUGCCAGACUCCAUGCAAAACUUCUCUGUCAUCUAUCCAGGCAGCGUCCACCUUUCCAUUUAAUAUCUCUAGUGAAACAAGCCAGACCCCUUCCAAAAAUGACCUUUCUGCACUUUUUGGGAAAAAAGAUGGGCAGUGGGACUGUGAUGUGUGUUUAGUAAGAAAUGAAGCAGCUGUUACGAAGUGUGUUUCUUGCCAGACUCCAUGCAAAACUUCUCUGUCAUCUAUCCAGGCAGCGUCCACCUUUCCAUUUAAUAUCUCUAGUGAAACAAGCCAGACCCCUUCCAAAAAUGACCUUUCUGCACUUUUUGGUAAAAAAGAUGGACAGUGGGAUUGUGAUAUGUGUUUAGUAAGAAAUGAAACUGCCUCUGCAACCUGUGUUUCCUGCCAAACUCCUAACCCUAAUGCUAAAGGCACUGCUCAAGCUACACAGUCAAGUUCAUCCUUCAGUUUCAGCUUCAGCGGGCAACCUGCACCUAGCCAACUUUCAGGGACAGGAUUUAGAGCCAAUUUUGGUACCGGCAACAGUUUUAAGUUUGGUUGUACUGAAGAAAAGAGCUCUGCAUUAUCCUGCAAAUUUAAGGCCACUCCGUCUCAGACUGAAAAUAAACCUACAAGUGGAGGUGGAUUUAUGUUUUCAAUGCCUGUUCCAGCAGGGGACUUCAAGUUUGGCACUCAAGAAUCAAGUAAGCAGGCUGAUCCUGGUGAAAAUGCAAUGCCUAUGGGUGGUUCUGCUGCCAUGUCUCUGAAGAACUUUGCUGAACAGCAGAGAGAAAAAGAAAAGGCUACAGAGUCCAGCUCCACCACUGUGGUGGAGGAAAAUCCCCUUUUUACCGGCAAACCUAACACAUUUACUUUUGCUGAUUUAGCUGAAAUGUCAGGUGGGGAUGGUAUCCAGUUGGGUCAAAAGGACCCCGAUUUCAAAGGGUUUUCUAGAGCUGGUGAACCGCUGUUUACUGGUUUGAAGGCUGACCAGAAGGGAGAUAAUUCUUUGGAGCAGCAGGAGGAAGAUGAUAUAUACAAGACGGAUGAAAAUGAUGACAUUCAAUUUGAGCCUGUUGUUCCGUUGCCAGAAAAGGUGGAUCUUGUAACAGGGGAGGAGGAUGAGGAUGUCCUGUACUCCCAGCGAGUCAAGCUGUUUCGGUUUGAUCUUGAUAUUGGUCAGUGGAAAGAAAGAGGCGUGGGCACCCUGAAGCUCUUGAAGAACAAGACAAAUGGAAGGCUGCGAGUGCUCAUGCGGAGGGAGCAGGUUCUGAAGGUCUGUGCUAACCACUGGAUUACCACCACCAUGAACCUGAAGCCCCUCUCUGGUUCAGACAGAGCCUGGAUGUGGUUGGCUAAUGAUUUUUCUGAUGGAGAUGCUAAACUGGAGCAGCUGGCUGCCAAGUUUAAAAUGCCAGAGCUGGCAGAGGAAUUUAAGUUGAAGUUUGAGGAGUGCCAGAGGCUGUUGCUGGACAUACCUUUGCAGACCCCUCACAAGCUGGUUGACUCUGGCAGGACGGCACAUCUUAUUCAGAAAGCUGAAGAAAUGAAGAGUGGCCUAAAAGACCUAAAAUCCUUUUUGACGGACGACAAGGCAAAGCUCCAAAAGGAAAGCAACCUCACAACUGCCAACAAUGCUUCUGGUUUGAUCAUCAAACCCCAUGCUGAAAGCACAGGCCCAACCCUGGAGUGGGAUAACUACGACCUACGUGAAGAUGCCCUGGAUGAUAGUGUGGACACUUCUGUCUAUGCCUCACCAUUAGCCAGCAGUCCUGUACAAAAGAGUCUUUUCCGUUUUGGAGAAUCCACUGCUGGGUUUAACUUCAACUUCCAGCCCGUCUUGAGCCCUGCUAAGUCCCCCUCAAAACUGAACCAGAGCAGGGUAUCUUUUGGCACUGAUGAGGAUUCUGAAGUGACUCAGGAAGAGGAGAGGGACGGGCAGUACUUUGAGCCAGUUGUCCCCCUACCUGAUUUGGUGGACAUCUCCACUGGGGAAGAGAAUGAACUAGUGGUUUUCAGCCACAGAGCCAAGCUCUACCGCUAUGACAAAGAUCUAAGCCAGUGGAAAGAAAGAGGCAUUGGGGACUUAAAAAUCUUGCAGAACUAUGACAACAAGCGGGUGCGUGUUGUCAUGAGGAGGGACCAGGUGCUGAAGCUGUGCGCCAACCACUGGGUUACGGCUGAUAUGAAGCUGGAGCCAAUGAUAGGAGCGGAGAGGGCGUGGGUCUGGAGUGCUUUUGAUUUUACUGAAGGAGAGGGGAAGAUGGAGCUGCUGGCUGUCCGUUUUAAGCAGCAGGAAGUGGCAAACUCCUUCAAGGAAAACUUUGACAAUGCCAACAAAGCCCAGGAGAAGGAGAUCUUGGUAAUUCCAGCUUCAUCGAAGGACAUCACCCCACAGCAGUCUCCAUGUGGUAAAGGUGCUGUGGCCAUGCUAGAGGAAAUUAUCAGGCCGCAAACUGACUUACCUUCACAGAACUCUCCAUCCCCAGGUGCUGCACCCAAUGCUGCCAUGACUCCAAGCUCUGAAACUCCCACUAAAGCUGUGGUAUUGCCUCCUAAAUUUGUCUUUGGUAGUGAAUCCCUUAAAAACAUAUUCACCAGCUCGGCGUCCUCCGGCAGCACAACUGCCUCUAAAGAGCUGUUUGGCUUCAGCUCUAAAGAUAAGGCUGGUAGCAAUCAAUCUGUGACCAGGAAGACGCCAGAUAAUGGAUUGGAAAACAGCAAGGCAACCAGUCUACCAUCCAGCACUGCAGCUCCCAGUUUAGUGGCAUCACCACCAGGACAGAUGACCAGCCCAUUUAAAAUGCCUGAGAGAGGAUUGGAUUUUAGACUUUUCAAAGAUAACCCUAUGGCAUUUUGGACCUGCACAUCUACUACACAAUUUAAAACUGAAGGAAUAGAUCCAGGAUCAGGUGAUUUGCAGAUUCUGUUUGAGCGGACUCCUACCCUUGAGCAAAAAGCACUUGCAGAGAAGCUUCAACUGCCUCCAACAUUCUUCUGUUAUAAGAACAAUCCCGGCUAUAUCAGUGAUGACGAGGAGGAUGAUGAAGAAUUUGAGACGGCUGUGAGGAAACUGAAUGGGAAAUUGUAUCCUGAUGAUGCAAAAAGCAGGAGGGCAAAGACAGGAAAAAUCAAAGAGAGAAAAGAAAGCAAAGAAGUGAGGGGUGCUGGUACAUUGAGUACUGUAAUGGAUCAUUGCCAGCACCAGACUUUCACAGAGAUUCCUGCUACAGCGAUGGAAUCUAAGUCGACACCACAGGAGGACAGGCAGUCUGAAUGCAUUAUAGUUUGGGAAAAGAAGCCAACGUAUGAAGAGAAGGCAAAAGCUGAAAGCUUAAAGCUCCCACCCACCUUCUUCUGUGGGGUCAGCAGUGACACUGAGGGGGACAAAGAAGAGGUAGAAGACUUUAAAGCGGAAAUCAGAAAAGUGAAAGAAGCACAGGAAACCGAAGAACAGGGUGUCAGCACCUCGGCUGAUGCAAAACUCCCAGCUGAACCAGCACAACCUUCUCAGACUGAACCAGACUCAACGUCUGAGGUGAUACAAACAGUACCUCCAUCCUCAAGCACUGAUGACAACAAGCCCAUUGACUUAUCUACCAAGAAAGAAAAUGAGCCAGAUUCUACAAGCCAAGCAGGAGGUGCUAUCUCAUUUAGAUUUGCUGCAACCUCGGAAUUCUCGUUUUCAGACUUGGCAAAGAACUCUGGAGAUUUUGCUUUUGGCAAACAAGAUGCUAGCUUUUCCUGGGCAAAUGCAGGCGCCACUGUGUUUGGAGGCUCGGCAGUCAUCAGGACCGGGGAGGGAGAUGAAAGUUGCGAUGACAAGGACGCUGCUAAUAAUGAUGACGACAUUAACUUUGAACCCAUUGUUUCUUUACCAGAGGUGGAAGUAAAGUCUGGAGAAGAGGAUGAAGAGAUUUUAUUUAAAGAACGAACAAAGCUUUAUCGUUGGGACCGAGAUGUCAGCCAGUGGAAAGAACGUGGUGUGGGUGACAUCAAGAUUCUCUACCAUCCUCAGAAGAGGUACUACCGUGUCCUGAUGAGAAGAGAACAGGUGUUUAAAGUGUGCGCAAACCACACAAUCUCACAGGCCAUGGAGCUGAAGCCCAUGAAUACAUCUACCAAUGCACUUGUCUGGACAGCAACAGAUUAUGCUGAUGGAGAUGGAAAGAUAGAACAACUGGCUGCAAGAUUCAAAACUCCAGAGUUGGCGGAAACCUUCAAAAAGAAAUUUGAAGAAUGCCAGCAUCAGAUGACUCAGCUAGAUGCUGGACAGGUGUCCCGAGUUAUGGAGCUCUCCAUGGAAAGCAACCCAAUUGUGUAUUUUGAUAUUAGUCUUGAUGAUGAACCCAUUGGACAAAUUACAAUGGAACUCUUCUCGCAUAUAGUCCCCAAAACAGCUGAAAACUUUAGGGCUCUGUGCACUGGAGAAAGAGGGUUUGGAUUCAGAAACUCCAUCUUCCACAGAAUCAUCCCCGAUUUUGUUUGCCAGGGUGGUGAUAUCACGAAACAGGAUGGAACUGGAGGAAGGUCCAUCUAUGGAGACAAGUUUGAAGAUGAGAACUUUGAUGUGAGGCACACUGGUCCUGGCUUGUUGUCCAUGGCAAACAGUGGCCGAGACACCAACAAUUCUCAGUUUUACAUCACCCUGAAGAAGGCGGAACACUUAGAUUUUAAGCAUGUGGCUUUUGGCUUUGUCAAGGACGGCAUGGAGGUUGUGAAAAAGAUGGGCACCCUUGGUGCAAAGAAUGGCAAGCCAAGUAAAAAGAUAGUCAUUGUCAACUGUGGACAGAUAUAGGUUUUACAUAAAUAUAAUUAACUUCUGUUGUGUUAAGUAAAUCACUUAUUGGGAUUCAGAUGUAUUUGUAUGUAUAAAUGUACAUGGGUGGCUGUCCUGUGUUUUUUUUUUUUUUUUUUUUUUUACAUGUUUGACUGGGGUAAAUUGGCAUGUUUCCAAAUAAAGAUGAAAACACUGGCAAUUUGUUGUAAUGUUCAAUUUCUCUCUUGGUUUUUCAGUAAUACAUUUUUUUAAAAAACA